CCUUGCUCACCUCCCUCUCUAGUCUUUUUUUGUCGUCCAAAGGCCCCCCAUUCACCCAAUAUAACGAUGAGAGCUGCCAUAGUACUUAUCCUAUCGAGCCUGGCUGUCUUGGGACCGGCAGCCGUCCUCGCGCAGAAUGCUACCCUCCCGGACUGCGAGCAAGGUUGUGCAGAUAGUGCUCUCUCCAAUUCAGGAUGCUCUUCCUUCAAUGACACCGACUGUAUCUGCACCGGCGGCACGUGUGCCAACUUCAAUAUUUUCUGGGGUCGAUGUGUGGGGGACGUGCCAUCGUGUACCACGGACGAUUAUAAUGCCGCACUGGCGUGGCAUGAUGAUCUUUGUGCGGGCCACACUCCGGAUUGCGAGUCAUGAGACUCCAGAGUAUGGAGAUUGAGAAUGCAGGACUGGUGUGAUAUAGGCUUUGUAUAUGUCGAGACUGUAAUCUUGCAUAACAUUAGUUCAGUGGACUUGGAACAGCGUCUGUUGCGUUUUUCUCUGACAGGCACAUUGUGGCCCAAACCCGAGUCGGGUGAAAUCGCGUUUCUUUAGGUUCCCACGGUUACCGCAGAGCACGAAUCUGUUCACCGAUUUAAUGCACUGGCAUCUAUGAAUUGUGUAUGCUCUUACCCAGCCAGAC